GAGACAUUGUGCAUCAUUUCAUCGUUUCUGGAGGAGGAGGAAACGGCACACACCACGAAGCAACACAAGCAAGCAAGCAACACAAGCAAGCAAGCAAGCAAGCAAGCAACUGGCGAUGAUGACUGGACGACUUGCACUGCAAGGGGUGCUGCGGCAGCGGCUCCUGACACUGCUCGCGAUGGUGGCGGUGGUGGCGGGAGGCCAUGCGGUGUGCGCGGAUGCAACAAUUGUGUUCCCGACACAGGAUGGCAUUGUUGUGCCUCUGGACGAGCACAACGUCGAGCUGGCGGCAGUGAAGCCUGGCUGGCUGCGCCUGUCAGUGUUCUCCUCAAACGCCCGCGAUGGCGGCCGCGUGCCAACACCAAUGGUGAGCGUGGGCCACAACGACACGCCCGCGUUCUCCUGGUGGCAGGACGACGGCUACGUCAUCUUCAGAACAGCGGACGGGCGCCUGGUGCUGGCAGAGAACGGCACAACGUGGGCGCUGCAAGGCCCCGACAACACCACGAUCAUGUUGUCCAAGAAGCUGUUGUCCAAGCCGUCCCCAAGCAGCAGCGAUCUCCUCUUGCAUGUCAACCGCAGCAGCGACGCACACGUGUACGGUUGCGGGCGCCUGACCAACACCACCAAAGUGCUGCCGCUGAACUGCUCGCGCGGCCUGCCGCUUGUGUCCGAGUUUGGGUUCCUCUCCUCCUUUGCCUGGAGCACCGACGGCUUUGCCAUGUUUGGGGUUGUGCCAGACAACGACGCGCGGUCGCAGCCAUUCCUCAAUCUCUCCUGGGCACAAGCCACGGAGGAGUUUCUCUGGCAGUUCUCGGCGCACCACCCGCGCUUGGACUUGUACCUGGCACCAGCGCCCACCCUGCGCGACGCAGUUGUGCUGCUCUGGAACCUGACGGGCGCGCCGGGGCUGCUCCCCAGCUACUCGCUCUCCUUCCUCGCUUCAAGGUCUGGCUGGGAGGAGCCGCCGUCCAUCAGCAAAGCCGUGGACGAGUUCUCCUCCGGCCACUUCCCGCUCUCGGCGGUUGUGGCAGACUACGAGUGGUUCUCCCCAGAGUCCGACGCGCAGCUGCCGCCCGAGGGCGCAGCCAACUUCUCCGACUUUGGCCUCAACCCGGCCGUGCUUCCCGGCGGGCCCAAAUUCCUGCAGCAGCUGCGCAGCCAGGGCGUGCACUUCGGCGGCGUGCGGUGGCCGCGCCUGGGGAACACGGCGCUGCUGCGGGAGGCGGGCUCCCUCGGCUGCCUGUUUCACGAGCCACCGCGGCACCUGCGCUUCAAUGACAAGGCGUGCAGGGAGUGGUACACACGCCAGCUGCAGGCAGACACGCAAGCCGGCGUGUCCUUCUUUUGGAACACGGGAGGGGACUCGGCUUAUUACACGUACAUGUACUGGGCGCGGGCUCAGACCAACGCGUUCAAGGAUCACAUCCCACCCACAACGACCACAACAACAACAACGACAACCACCACAACUACGAGUACGACAACGACCACAACGUCAACCACAACAACAAGCACAACAACAACAUCAACUACCACUACCACAACGUCAACAACCACAACCACAACCACGAGAAGAACAAGCACAACAAGCACAACGAGCACAACAAGCACAUCAUCAUCAUCAUCAUCGACCACGGUGCGGCUUCAUCCACAGUUUCACAAUAAGACCGCUCAAGCUGAAUCGCCCAUCGUGCAAUGGCGGGCCUUGCGCACGCGUGCUGGAGAGGGUCAACCCGAGCCCUCUUCUGCCUCGUGCAACGGCACUCAUCGGCGACCCUUCAGCCUGAGCAACGCGUUUACGCCCGGCAUUCAGUCCCUGGGCAACGUGGCCACCACGGGCCGCAUUGGCUCGUCAUGGGACGACUUGGAGGCAGCGGCAGGAGACAUUGUGGCCUACCUGAUGGCGGGAACAGCGUUUGUCUCCGUGGACAUUGGCGGCAACUCGCAGGGCACCGUGCCCGAUACGCUGCUGGUGCGCUGGUAUCAGCUUGGGUUGUUCACGACCGUGCCCCGGUCAAGUUCGGCACGCACGUCCAGCCCACAUUUCCCCUUUGAUGCGCAAACGCCGCCAGCGGUGGACGCGAUUCGGGCGGCGAUGCGCCUGCGCCAGAGGCUGAUGCCGACCAUCUACGCCGCCAUGGUGUGGCAGCACGUGCUGUUGGAGCCAAUGCUUCGCCCGCUGUUGUUUGAGUUCCCCAACGACGCGGAGGCGGCGCAGACGGCCACGCAAUGGCUGCUUGGGUCUGGGCUGAUGGUGGCGCCCGUGCUGUCGUCGUCGGACCAAGUGCAGGUGUACCUGCCUGUCGGCCUGUGGUUCCCGUUCACGCAGACACCAACGUCAUCGCCGACCCAGGGCAUUGCCGGGCCCACCCACCACGACGUUGUGGCGGAGCUGGCUGACAUCCCGCUGAUGGUGCGGGCGGGAACGCUGCUUGCGCUACAGGACGUUGGCAGCUCGCCGUCGCCGCCCGGCUUGCUCACCAUCUACGUGUAUGCCGGGCGAAACGCGUCUAUUGCAGUAGUGGAGGAUGAUGGCAAGCACUACUGCGGAUCUGGGCGCGUGACGACAUUUUCGUGGAAUGACGACACGCUCGUGUUGUCGUGGACACGCACAGCCGCUUCCAGUGGUGGUGGUGGUGGUGGUGGUGGUCGAGUUGGUGAUGGUGAUGUUACGGGCGAAGCGGAGGCGAAUUCGGUUUUGUUUCCUGCUGCGUCGCCAGGGUACAUUGUGGUGCAGGCCGUGUUAUGGCAGAAUGGCACUGCACCUAUCCAGUCGCAUGCGCGGAACAUUGGCCUGUCGGGGUUCCUUGAUUUCGCAACCCUGAUGUCACCCAACAGCCACAAACGCACACUGUAGAAACGUUGACUUUGCAUGGAGUGCGUGGAACGUGUGGAGUUUUGCGUGCAGUGUAGUAUGAGAGUGUUGUGAGUAUAUCGAGUGUGCAUCGAGUGUGUUGUCGUGUGUGCACUCUCAUGUUGAGUGUGCACUGUCAUGUUCAUGUUGAUGUGAGUGUUGAUGUGAGUGUGCGAUGUGAGGUGUUGUGCGACCCACAACGCAACGCAGAGAUUCAGCACCUGUAAGCGACACCAUAAAUUGAAUGAAGAA